AUAAUGAAUAAAAAUUAUUUGGAAUCAAAUUCAAUAUCUACUUUUUACAGUAACUCAUUAAAAUUAAUUAAAUACAAUGAGAAAAGAACAUAUACAUAGAUAAUGAGAAAAGAAUGUAUACAUAUAUGCACAGAGAAUAUACUUAGUUCUGAAGAUCAUCGUGGGAAGAAAGAGAGAAAGUAAAAUGUUAUACUUCUUUAAAAUCUAAGUUCUUAUUCUUUACAGAAACUUAAUUAUUAUUUAGCACUGUAAUGAGUGAAGAAUUGUGUUUAGUAAUAUACAGGGUGUCCAAUAAAUCGUCCGCAAUACUUUGAAAGAUAAUUCGGGACCCAAACAGAAAGAAGAAAGAUUUAUCACGUGGAGGUCGUGGAGGCAUAGUUCACUUGGCAUCCUUCUUUUAUUUUUUUGAAUUUUUCGAUAUUUAUAAAUACAAUUACAUUAUUUUUAGAAUCAAUAUAUGUUCAUAAACAUGAACAUAUAUUUAAAUCGAAUUAAAUAAGAUGUUCAAAAUGAACAUCUUCAGCACGAAUGCAGGUCCUUAUAUUCUUCUAUCAAAGGAAUUCCCAAUUCUUUGAAAAACAUUUAAAUCCUUCCGAACUAUUACAGUUAAUACUUGAUUAACCAAACUUUAAAUAUGUAUAUGUAUAUCAUUCAUUCUAAAAAUAAUGUGAUUGUAUUUACAAAUAUCGAGAAAUUGAAAAAAAAAAUCAAAAUUAAAAUUAUAUCAUAAGAGAAAUGGUACAAAUGUGAUUGAAGAAGAAAGUCUACAAUAAAGAUAUAAUUAAAUUUUUCACAAUGAGGUGAGCAGAAUGAAAACCGAAGACGAGAAAAAUAGGUAUAAAACAUUGUUAUUUUUAAUAGUAAUCCUAUUGGUUCUUAAUUAAUAUGGAUUGAAUACAUAAAGAAAUAAAGUGCAUUAUACGUAAUAUAAUAUUUAUUGUAAAAAUGUAAUAUCGUCAAAAGUCACGCGCAAUGUUGUUGCGAUUACAAGUUCCUUAACAAAAGUUGAUUCUUUUGUUGAGAUUUAUCAUCCCCUAAAGUUUGUCCCAGAAGUUCUGAGUUAAUCAGAAACAUCCUGACUAUUUGAAAUAUAUAACUUUGCAAAAAAAUAUUGAAUAUUAAUGAUUCAAUUCUUGCUUAAUUAUUCAAAUAAAUUUCAAGAUAUUUAUAUAUUAAUUUCAUGAUUGUAAGUUAUUCUAACAUAGCGAUUCAACAACGGAAGAUAUGCAAUUUUUUUAGAAGAUUGGUACAUUUUUUUCGGUGGAAGAAAGAUUUCUAGUUACUACUGGAAGUUACUAUUCUUCGCUCAAGAUUUUACAAUCUAUUAUAUCACUUUUAUCUAUAAAGCUAGAUAGUAUAUGACAAAUUACAAGUUAUAUAAUAAAAUUUUAAAGAAGCUAUACAUUAAAUUAUUUCAUAAGAAUUAUAUUUUCAAAGUUUCUGUUUUUUGAUCAAAUAACUGCAAUCAAAUAGUAGAUAUUACACUAAAAUAGAUAAAUAUAAAUUUUUAAGAAGAGUAAAUAUAGGUGCACAAAAUGUGCAUAUAUUAAAAUAUAAAUUUUAAUUUUAUGUAUGUGAUAUAUAUACACAUACACAUACACAUAUAUAUCGUAAAUAUUAGAACAUGUUUGAAAAUGAUCGAAGUUACAACAUUUCAUAUAAUAAUUCAUUAAUUCUGCCAAUGUAAUUUUCAUUUCUAAAUUAAAUAACGUGAAUUUAUACGUAAUCAUAGAAUAAUUUAUAAUAUUAAUAAAUAAAAAAGAUUUUAUUCUUUUCAAUGUUUAAUGACUAUAAACUGUAUUCAUUGCAGGUGUUACAUUGUGCAACUUUUUUAUCAUACUACUCAUUUAAGUUUUUCUAUAUCUUUUUUUAAUUAGCAUAUGUAAUAAAAUAUUGAAUUGCUUUGUUACAAGCCUCGAAUACUAAGCUUAUUUUCUUUAAAAUUACAAAGUAAUUUUUAUUAAUAUUUUUAUUACUUGCAAAAACGUAGCAAUAUAGCAAUUGUUGUUAUUAUUAUUAUGACAAUAAUUAAUAAUAAAAGAUAGAAUUUUAUAAAAUAAAAAAUAAUUUAAACGAAGAUUAAGAAAAGAAAUCUAAUUUAGAGAGUCGAGAAAUACCUCUCAUUUACCUCUCAAUUUCUUUUUAACUCAUACAUAUAUGUUGUAUAUAUAUUGGAAUUAUAUCAUUAAACAAUGUAAUAAUGAACUAUAUAGGAGAAGGCUGUAAACCAAUAUUCGACAGAGAAGAAUUAAAGAAAACUAUAAGCAAAAUUAACGAAGUGGAAGAACGACGUACAGUUGUAGCUAUAGAUAAAGAACAAUCAGCCCCAUCAAUCAAGUCGCGUACUUUGAAGAGACGGUCGUUAUCCUUGAGUCCUGUCAGGAAUCGUGUUUAUAAUUCCGGAUAUCCACCUUCCUAUCAAUCCAGUCAUCGCAUGGAUUUGAAGCAUCGAGAUAAGACAGAAAAAUGUGAUGGAAGAAGCAGUUUAGACGAACGCAGAGAGUAUAAAGAGAAAUAUAUAGAAAGAGAUGCAAAUAAGCAUGAUAUUAAUCGAUCGCAUUCUAGAGAACCGCGCAACUCACAUUCCAG